UAAAACAGAAUGGAGGAGGGGGUGGAGCAUUUGCUGCUGUCACUUAUGCUAACCUUAUCCUAACUUGUGUGUCGUGUCGACUUGCUGCUCAGCACUCCAAGACUUGCCCCAAAAUGUAGUUUCCUGAUCCAUAUGCUGUGCUUCUCUUCUGAGUAAUGGUCCAGCAGGCAGGAUGCUGGGGAUGGUACAGCCAACACAAAACACUGCUGGAGCAUUGAGCAGGCUGCAGACUCAGAAACCACACCUGAAAAGUAUUUGUCUGCAGUAUCUGCUUCUGAACAGCCAUUGCUUUUGCCUUUUAAAGAAUGGGAUGGGACUAAUCAUCUUCUUCCUAUGUGCUUAUGUACCAAAGACAGAAGCAGGUCAUUGCAAAUGGGCAGAAGUUCUGAAAGAUUUGGAAAGGAUCAAGACAUCCAAAGAUAUUGAUGUCAGUUUAUACACUGCAAAUGCCGAUGAGGAUGAAGAAUGCCAAGAACUUGUAAUGAGAUGCUUUUUCUUAGAGACAGAAGUGAUAAUUCAAGAAUGUCGUAUCAAAAAUUGUAGUCAAACACAGGAUGUGUGGAAUAUAUGGAAAAAUGGAAAUGAAAGCUUUGAAAAAAAUAAGUUGACUUCCACAAAAUCAGAAAAAUGCAAAGAGUGCGAAGAAUACGAAGAAAAAAAUUUUACAGAAUUUGUACAAAAUUUUGAAAAGGUUAUACAAAGGGAUUGCAAACACUGACCAAAAGACAUAAGCUGGGAAACAAGAUUCUUACAUGAACACCCUCAGAGAAAUUAGAUUAUCACCAAAAAUAAACCAGAAGAAAAAAUUUA